AUGAAAGCAGAGAGGGAUAUAUUGACACAAAUUGAUCAUCCCUUUAUAGUCCAACUCAGAUGCUCAUUCCAGACAAAAUACAGACUUUACCUGGUGCUGGACUUUAUAAAUGGUGGACACCUCUUUUUUCGGCUCCAUCACCAUGGGCUUUUCAGAGAGGAUCUGGCACGCAUAUACACGGCAGAGAUUGUUUCAUCAGUGUCUCACCUCCAUGCAAAUGGCAUAAUGCAUAGGGAUCUCAAACCUGAGAAUAUUCUACUCGAUGAAGAUGGUCACGCCAUCCUCACUGACUUUGGAUUGACAAAGCAAUUAGAGGAUAAUACAAUAUCAAACUCAAUGUGUGGAACGGUAGAAUAUAUGUCACCUGAAAUUAUUCUUGGGAAGGGACAUGACAAAGCUGCUGAUUGGUGGAGUUUUGGAAUUCUAUUGUUUGAGAUGCUCACUGGGAAGCUGCUGCAAAAGGAACCCAGUAGGCGGCUUGGUAGCGGGCCAAAGGGAAGUGACGAAAUCAAGGGUCAUAAAUGGUUCAAGCCAAUUAACUGGAAGAAAUUGGAGAGCAGGGGAAUGCAACCAAGUUUUCGGCCUGAAGUAGCAGGGAAACACUGCAUUGCUAACUUUGAUAGGUGUUACACUGAAAUGCUGCUCUCUGAUUCUCCAGUUUCCAGUCCCAAAGUUGAUGGUAGCCUUUUUCAGGGUUUCACCUAUGUGAGGCCUGCUGCAUCCUUUCUCUAA